ACGAAACACCGCUCGAUUAGUCCCGCCAUGCGAGCCUCUUUUCUGAUCAGCCGCAGACAGCCGUGGAUGGGCCAGCUGCUCCUCAUGGCCAGGAACAAGGCCCUCACCCUCCUGCUGAAGCUCUACAGGCGCACUCCCAUCUUCAGACCGCGCCACCUGCCGGGAAGGAAUCGGACUCAAAACGCCGGCCCUGCCAGCGACGAUACGAUCAAUAUCAGCCUUCCCUGUCGCAUAUCGGAAAAGAACUCGAUUUUGGGCGGGUUUGUGCGACUGGAUCUGUUGGGGGAGAGCACCCUCGAGGCGGACAGCGACGUGGAGUUCGUGGAGGAUGAGGACGUUUUUCUUGACCUGCAGAGCCUGCGGCGGCAGGGCAACUUUGAGAUGGCUGUGAUGGCCGGUGGACAACUGGAAGUGGACUCCGAGGAGGACGGGGAAUACGACGACUACGACUGCGAUGGAUACGUGCAGUUCGUGGAGUACGAGGGGUGCGAGGGGGAGGGUGAUCGGUUGCGGGAUCGGAUUGCGGAAGGCUUCGGGCAGGUGAGGGCUGCCACCUCGAAGGGCCUCCAGCCGGAUUCCGGGUCCCGAGGUUCUCCCACUAAGCGGGCAACGUCGCCAUCUAAGCAGGUCCGCGACUGAAGCGUGGCAACGUCGCAGAGCCAACAAUAGACACUCUCGUUUGGCGCCAAUACGAACGACAACAAUGUAAAACACUAGAGCACUCUGCCGAGAGGGCACGUCAAGUGCAGAGAGAACCCAUCCGAACCUGAAUCGGUAGGGGGCGGGGGUAGGGGCGGGGCGGGGCGGUCGGAGAGUGUGCACAAAAACAUUUGCCGGCUGCUUAGUUUGUUUGCCGGUGCAAAAAGUCGACGGCGAGCGAACGAAAGCUCCCACUCGCCCUCAAAUUUAGUUUCAGAUUCACAUUCGCAUUUAGAUUCCCAUUCCGAUUCCGAUUUCGACCUCCGCCCCCCUGGCACUUCGGUACCUCAUCAGCCCCACUGUCGCCGCGUCACACACGGCGUAUACAUAAUCCCAAUAAAAAGCCAACUCCAAA